AUGGCGGAGGCAUUCUUCUACACCACUUCGGCUAGAAAUUUAUGGCUGGAUUUGGAGACUUACAUUCUGGAUAAGUCUCUUCCUAGGACCUUACCGGAGGGUUCCACAUCUGAAGAAUGUGUGAUGUUUGAAAGGUGGCAUGAGGACAAUAGGAAGGUCCGUAGCAUUGUAUUGGCAUCAAUGACAAAUAAUAUCCAGACACAGGAUGAUAGGCAUGAUGACGUCGUGUCAAUAAUGCUCCACAUGAAAGAUGUUUAUGCGGUUCUGGAUAGACAUAUUAGAUAUAUUGCCAAAAAAAUAUUUUUCGGCACCAAGAUGACUAAGGGAUCCUUCGUGCAAGAGUAUGGGAUCAAGAUGCUUUUCCUCGUGGAAAUGCUCGAGUAUCUUCGAGCUGGGCUUGAUAAUGACACGUACAUUGACGUGAUUCUCUAG